CUCAGGCCUCAGAUCCUCGCGCGCGGCACUCGGGGCCUCAGAUCCCGCGCCUCUGGGAACCCUGGCGGCUGGUGCGAUCCUGGAGCCGACGCCGUAGCCGGAGGAGGAGCCGCGGUGACUGAGACUGAGAUUCCUCUGUCAGUCACAGAAAAAAAAAUGGAUCAUUUAAACCUUCAGAGGACUCAGUUACCACAGUACUUCUAUACUACCAACUAAGACAUAUGACUACAAAUUUCUUCAUCAUACAACUGCUGAAGAACUUAAAAGGAUAUCCUUUGGUUAAGGAAAAAAUAACCCAAUGGUAUCAUAUUACCAAGUAAAACUAAAAAGCUCAAUUAUUAAGUUAUUGGAUUUGCUGAUACAAGCACACAUGUGCAACUACUGUAUCUCAACAAUUACCAGACCUCAAAUUUAAGUGAUUUCCCCUUGUGGGAAAGGUCAUUAUAUUUGUAAAUAACCAGUGUAUUUUGCCAUGAAAUACAUUUUCAGCUAAGUGUCAUUUAGCAGAAUUUACUUGAAACAAGUUUUAGAAAUUUCCAAGUCCCACCACUAAGUGGAUUUGAUAUUAUGGCAGCAACUUACAGACUUGUGGUUAGUACUGUGAAUCACUACAGCAGUGUGGUGAUAGACCGGCGUUUUGAGCAAGCUAUACAUUAUUGCACUGGAACCUGCCACACCAUCACACAUGGACUUGACUGCAUUGUGGUACAUCAUAGUGUUUGUGCAGACCUCUUGCACAUCCCUGUGUCUCAAUUCAAAGAUGCAGAUCUGGACUCUAUUUUCCUACCCCAUGAAAAUGGAUUUUCCUUGGCAGAAGGUGACUAUCCUCAUCAGGCCCUUAUAGGCAUACCUAGGAUCAAGAAAGGACCUACAUUUCAGAGCACUUGUAAUUUAAAAGACAUUGCAGGAGAAGCAAUCAGUUUUGCCAGUGGGAAAAUAAAAGAAUUUUCCCUUGAAAAACUCAAAAACUCUAACCAUGCAGCUUACAAAAAGGGAAGAAAAGUUAAGUCUGACUCAUUUAAUAGGCGGUCAGUUGAUUUUGACUUGCUCUGUGGCCAUUAUAAUAAUGAUGGGAAUUCCCCAACCUUUGGUUUACUCCGGAGUUCUUCAGUUGAGGAAAAAUCUUUGGCCCAUAGAAACUCACUUGAUACCAACCUGACUUCAAUGUUUCUUCAAAAUUUCUCUGAAGACCUGGUUACUCAGAUUUUGGAAAAACAUAAAAUAGAUCAAUUUUCUUCUGGAACAGACAUAAAGAUGUGUUUGGACAUCUUGCUAAAAUGCUCUGAGGACUUAAAAAAAUGCACAGACAUCAUAAAACAGUGCAUCAAGAAAAAGUCAGGGACCAACUUCAAUGACGGAGGUGGUAAUGAUGCAAUUUCUAGCUCUGAAACUGUUUAUAUGACCGUGAUGACCAGGUUAGCAUCAUAUCUGAAAAAGUUACCAUUUGAAUUCAUGCAGUCUGGUACUAAUGAGUCUAUUGACUUAACAGAACUUGUCAGUAAUAUGCCUAGUUUACAGCUGACUCCUUUCUCCCCAAUAUUUGGCACUGAACAACCACCUAAGUAUGAAGAUGUGGUUCAGCUCUCAGCCCCUGACUCUGGACAGUUUCAAACUAUAGAAAAACAAGAUGAGAAGCACAACUCUAGGAAAGCAGAUACUGUAAAAUCCAUUCCAGACAACUCUACAAACUCCUUACAUAACUUAGAUGACCCCAGAGAGCUAAAAGAUAUUUCACUUCAAUCACAGUCAUUAACCAUGAAGAACUUAGAAAAUGUUUCUUCUGGUGAUUUAAUGGAAACCCUUUAUAUUGAAGAAGAGUUAGAUGGAGAAAAAACAUCAGAUAAAGGACAAAGGACAGAAAAUGGACCUAAUCAAGAGUUAUUAAAAGUAAAUGAAGAGAGAGCAGAAUUUUCAGGCCAUGAUAUUAAUCUUAAAAACUGUCCUAUUUCAAUGCAAAAUGAAAUUGGUAAGAUAUUUGAGAAGCCAUUUGUUGAUCUACCUGAGGAAGUCCUUAAAUCAAAAGCUCCUAAACUUAAAGAGGAAGACCACAGAGAUUUUAUGAAUCCUAACAGUCAGAAAGAGAUAGAUAAAUUGUUGAUGGAUUUGGAAUCUUUUUCACAGAAAAUGGAGACCUCUCUAAGAGAGCCACUUAACAAGAGUAAAACCUCUAGCUCUCUUAAUAGUCACAGUCCAUUGACUAGUCAGUUCCCUGUAGAUGUUGAAUUUAAGUCUAACAUCUCUUCACCUGUGGAAAAGGUUUCACCUUCCUGUCUAACAAGGAUUAUUGAAACUAAUGGACACAAAAUAGAGGAAGAAGAUCGAGCUCUUUUAAUAAGAAUUCUUGAAAGUAUUGAAGACUUUGCUCAAGAACUGGUUGAAUGCAAAUCAGGCAGAGGGAGCCUAUCACAAGAAAAGGAAAUGAUGCAGAUUCUACAGGAAACUUUAACAACUUCCUCCCAGACCAAUUUAUCAGUCUGUAGAAGUCCUGUUGGUGAUAAACCCAAAGAUACUACUUCAGUGGUUUUGAUUCAGCAGACCCCAGAAGUAAUCAAGAUUCAAAAUAAGCCUGGAACACCGCUUCCACCCACUGUUCCAAGUAAAACCCGACCUGUCUCCCCUGUUCGUCACGUGAAUAAUGUCAGUACACCAUUGUCGAAAAACAUUCCACAGUUCUACUUUCCUGAAGGACUCCCAGAUAUCUGCAGUAACCAUGAACAGACUCUUAGCAGAAUUGAAGCUGCUUUCAUGGAUAUUGAAGGUCAAAAAGCAGACAUUUAUGAAAUGGGAAAAAUUGCAAAGGUCUGUGGCUGUCCUCUCUAUUGGAAAGCCCCCAUGUUCAGGGCUGCAGGGGGAGAAAGCACAGGAUUUGUGUCAGCACAGUCCUUCAUUGCCAUGUGGAGAAAGUUGCUGAAUAGACAUCAUGAUGAUGCCUCUAAGUUUAUCUGUCUUCUAGCAAAGCCCAGCUGCAGCUUUCUAGAACAAGAGGAUUUUAUCCCUUUACUUCAGGAUGUGGUGGAUACACACCCUGGCCUCACGUUCCUGAAAGAUGCUCCAGAAUUUCAUUCCCGCUACAUUACAACAGUUAUUCAAAGAAUAUUCUAUACAGUCAACAGAUCUUGGAGUGGAAAAAUUACUUCAACAGAGAUAAGAAAAAGCAACUUUUUGCAAACUCUGGCCCUUUUGGAGGAAGAAGAAGAUAUAAACCAGAUCACAGAUUACUUCUCCUAUGAACAUUUCUAUGUUAUUUAUUGUAAAUUCUGGGAACUAGAUUGUGAUCAUGACCUCUACAUCAGCCAGGCUGAUCUAUCUCAUUACAAUGAUCAAGCUUCUUCAAACAGGAUUAUUGAAAGGAUAUUCUCUGGAGCAGUAACAAGGGGGAAAACAGUACAGAAAGAAGGAAGAAUGAGCUACGCAGAUUUUGUUUGGUUUUUAAUCUCUGAGGAAGACAAAAGGAAUCCCACCAGCAUUGAGUAUUGGUUCCGGUGCAUGGAUGUGGAUGGGGACGGUGUGCUCUCCAUGUAUGAGCUAGAGUACUUCUACGAGGAGCAGUGUGAACGGAUGGAAGCGAUGGGCAUCGAGCCACUGCCAUUCCAUGAUUUACUUUGCCAGAUGCUUGACCUAGUGAAGCCAGCAAGUGAUGGCAAAAUAACUCUACGAGACCUGAAGAGAUGUAGAAUGGCUCACAUCUUUUAUGACACUUUCUUUAAUCUAGAGAAAUACUUAGAUCAUGAACAAAGAGAUCCCUUUGCCGUCCAGAAGGAUGUUGAGAAUGAUGGGCCUGAGCCCUCCGACUGGGACAGGUUUGCUGCUGAAGAGUAUGAGACUCUUGUGGCAGAGGAAUCAGCCCAAGCUCAGCUCCAGGAAGGCUCCUUUGAAGAUUAUGAAACAGAGGACCCUGCCCCUCUCUCUGAAUUUGGAAACAAAGGCAAUAAAAUAGUAUCUCCAAGUCUUUCAGAGAAAUGUGGAAAGCUACAGUCAGUGGAUGAAGAGUAGCUGCCACUGUCUACAAGAAAGGGAUACAUGUAUCAUGUAUUUCUUGUGAAGAUACGGUCUAGUUUGUUUAAAGGCUUUGAUAUCUGCAAAUGUGUAUCUGCACUAGUAACUUUAACAUGUUUUUUAAAUGGGUUUGGAUACUCUGAGUUUGGGAAACUCCUCCAAUUUGCCUGAGACCUCUUACAGAGCUUUCCUCUGAAGCAAAUAUGAUAUACAAUACCUACCAAAGUCUGCAGAGUUAUCAGCACUCUUUGCCCUUGAAUGUACCAAGGAUCUCAAGGACAGCACCAAGCACAGUUCUCUGCACAAAAGCAGGAGUUGUCUCUGUUGUCCAGCAUCCCUGCUGCCCCUCAAGGCUCCUAUGGAGCCUGGACAAAAUACUCACUUGCAGAAAAAUUUGAUUAAAAAAAUUCUGGAACUUGAAAAAUUAAGGGCCUCUGGAACUGACUUAGCCCUAGUAAUAAAAGCACUGCCAAAACAUCUCAGAGACUUAAUUAUAUGUGUACUGGAGUUCAAAGAUCUUGAACAUAUUUGAUUUAAUGUAAUUUCACCAUGACCUGCCGAACUGCUAGUCACUUUACAUCCUCAGGUAUUAUAACCACUGGGCCUUCCAACCUUGCUGGCCAAGAUCUGAAUAAUGCCUCCCCAUCCUGACUGUGGAUCUUAUUGAAAACCUGAAGAACGAACUUUUUAGUAAAGACAAGUACAGAAUUUUACUUGUAUUUAGGGGGGAAUGUCCUUUUAACUCAUUUAACCUAUGUAGAGAACCAUUGCAUGAUUUAUUAAUCUCCAAAUUAGUUGAUGUCCCAUCCACAAAUCUAUCAGAGGAGGCUUACUUGAAGACUUAAAUGAUAAAUGAAAAUACCUUCUACAUACUAAACAUAUUCCUUACUUCAUGUUGAAAAGAAACUAUCAUAAAUCCAUCCACCUCAACAUUUCUCACAAAAAUGAAAGGUUACUGCCACCCAUAAAAGAAAGCUACUUUAUGUUUACUAUAGUGGUUGACUUGUUCAUUACAAAAUCCCUUAUUUUUUAGCAAGACACAGUGCAGCCAAUUCUGGCAAUUUCCUUGAAGAUCAAAUUGGAAAAGCACUACUAAAAAAAUUGAAAAUUUCUGGUAGUGUAAGAACUACCCCAACCCCUGCCCCAAGGAACACUGUAACAUACAUCUGUCAAAAUCAUCAACUUUUCCAGGGAUCCAAUCCCACACCUUGGACUUUGGUUCCCUUACUGAUGUGAAGGCCAUACAUUGAAAUAAUCAAGGAGAAUUUAGGAAAUGCAUCAUCAACUGGUAUACUAAUGAGUUAUUAGCAAGCUUUCUUGUCAAUAGCCUGUUUCCUGUUAUUUUACCUUCCUAAUAGGAACUGAUCCUCCAUUUAAGUGUUUACAGAAAGUGAUGACUAUAAAACUUAGUAUCUAAUGUUCACAAAGUAAAAGCUUAAAAGUGACAAAGUUUAGGAAACAUUAUGUGCAAUAACCUAAACACACUGGUAAAUUAUUAGGAUUAAAAGUAUUUACACGUGAUACAUGAAAUCUAUCUGUACUAUACAUAUAGCCUUUACCCAGAAAGGUUAACAAUUAUUUAAUUUCAGAUGAAAACACUAACAAGGUAGUAAUUUACUACAGGUAUGAUUUAAAGGUUUUAUUACCACAAUGACUUAAGACUCAGCAAAAAAUAAAACUCAAUUUUUUUUAACUAUUUCAUUUUACCUUGUUUUCAAAGUUGUCUUUCAUUUUGCUUAAUAUUUGGUUUCAAAAGUCUUUUAAAAAAGCAUAGCUAAUAAUCAUUCCAUUUUAAGGUAAGGCUAUUUAAUCUAGGUGACCCCAAAGUUAUCAUAUUUUCAGACAUAAGAAUGUGUUUCACUGUAGAGAUGAAUGCAAGAAAUGUGAAUUCUAAGGAACUAGCAUAGUAUAUAUUCAAAUUUCUGAUAAAGAUCAUAAGAUCAUGCUUAAUAUAAUUAUUCUGCCCACCUGGAAAUUCACAUUAGGGUAUCCCAGAUUCCUUAAUUAAAGGUUUAUCGUGCAUGAUCUUAAUGCAAUUCAAUGAAACUAGUUUCAUAGCAUAAUUGCCAGGUUAAAACUAAUAAAAUUCUGUGUAUUUUCUCUGCAUCUUACAUCAUUAUGUACUGUUGUACACAUUGUGUACUGUUGUGUAGUGUUGAUGAAACUCGAGAUUGGUAAAAUGAGGUAAGUCAUUUGCUUAACUUUUGCAAAUGUUAAGUGUGUUUGGGUGGCAAAAAAACUGCAUGAAUAAACUUUUUGUUUUUCCCUUUAAUGCAAAACUAAAUAAAGUUGUCAAAUAUGA